CGGGAGGGGGAGAGAUAGGCUCAUGCUGGGUGUGUGGGUAGAUGUGUCAGGUUUUCAUUGUGUCUUCAACUCGUGUUGGAUGACUGAGGAAGGUUGUAUCCAAUAAAUCGACCCGUGGUCAAUUCAGCUUCCCCACCGAUCCCCAUUCAGUCUGCGCAACUCGGCGUGUCCAGCAGAAUUGGAGGAAAUGGAUCGCUAUCGUUGUUGAGAGCAGCGAUCCAGGGGUUUCAAUGAGCCGUGGACAUUAGUCCCAUUCAGAAAACUUGUAUGGGUUGCAGUGGCCACGCCAGUACGUCGAUAUCACUUAGUGCUGUCUACCUCUCCCCCGGCGGUAGAGACUACGUUGGUCCAAGAACUCCCCGACGCCAAGAGAGAAUCGAAAAUGUUCUAGCUUCAAUACAGCCGGGAUGAACACCCUGGCAAGCAAAGGAGAUCAGGUGUAAUGCGGACUUGGUACCCACUGCGAACCGUGAACAUGAUCCUGAUGAUGAUCACUCAUCUCUCCAUGCAGGUCAACUGUUACUGGAUGUGAUCGUGCGUGGCGGUCGGGAAUAUUUCCCCCUCGGAGCCAGCCACACAAUGCGUGUGAAUUGAGUUGGACCAUGGUUGGACUUGCUACGCUCCCAACAGCGAACGAGCACUACAUGGCGAUAUCAUGUCAGGAACAAACAGCGAGAGUUAAUUGUAGGACCCGAAUGAGAGUAUGAUUAUUAUCAUCAACAACAGGUGGCCUCAGCGAAUGUAAUCGAUCAAUGGGAUAACUUUCACUCUAUUCCGAGCUGAGGACUGUUACAAGCAGAUCAUCCAUGAACAAGGUUUGUCAAUAACUAUUCGCAAGGAGCGAAUUGUGUUCGUAAACCCACAUAAGCUGUUAAACCCGCUUAUUGACUGUCCCAGUCCGUCUUUAACCAGAACUGCUUCGAAGAAGUGGAAACAUUACUAAUUCAUACUUCCUUUUUGUUGUGGAUGAGUACCUUUACGUCAUCAUACCUCGACGCAAUUUAUAAACAACUUUCCAUUGGCAGAUCUCCAUUCGGACAAGUAAGAUCAUCGGAGACAAGAUUGGGGAAUUAAAUCGCCUAUUACAGUGAAGCUAAACUGGCACGGAGUCUUCGUAUCUUGGUCUAGCUCUACUGUGGCAUGCUGUGAUCCGGGCCAGUGUUCGACUGUUGUGGCUUUACGUGUUUACAGAUUUCAAUGCAUGAGCACGCAAACAUUAUUAUACCAGUCGACAUGUCCACGCUCUCCGUCAAAACGAAGCAUGGGUCGGAGCCCCCUCUACACCUGACCCCGUCUAUGCGGCGUAAGGUAGCCGCUCCUAUGUACACUACGGACAUGACACGAGCCAAGACGGUUAAUAACAUCGAGGAGCAACAACUGAACAAGAAACUCCGAGACCUGGAGAAACAGCAGAUCAAGAUGCAGGCGGAGAUCUUGAACCUCAAAGCUUCCUUGCUGCCAGAGAUUAAGGUAACUUCGGCGUGGGAAGACAAAUCAACAGACGAGAAAUCCAUCCAACCCUCCCAAGGUACAACCGACACCAAUCAAUUACGCUCUAAUCCACCUGCCUCAGGAUCCGAGGGGAAUCAAGAGUUGCCUAAGAACCGGAAGCGCAGUGGAUCGCUACCACCACUUUCCUUCCGUAAAGAGGCUGAAAGGGAAAGGCUGACGGCGGCACCAGAAUCAGCAGACACCGGGACUCUCUUUACCCCAUCCCCGCCGUUAAACACUGGCGGUAUCCGACGGUCCCGCUCCAUGAACGAACUUGACGGACGGGCACGCCCUCGACCCAAAUCAGCUCAUAUUGGAGCUACCGACGUCCACAACUCCAACAGACGCAGAAGUAUUUGCCUACCAAGAUCACGAAGUCUAAACUCCUCAACUGAGAGCCUGCCCUCAGAUCCUCCCAAUACCAAACGCUUAUCGAAUGCUGACGGGUCAUCCGCAGAAAAUGUUACCAGACCGCGAGCGCAGACUAUAUCAUCCCUCCUUCCGUUAAGGAAAGCUAAGAGUACUACCAACAUCAAUAAAAAGGUCCGAACUCGUCGUGUCACUGUGGAUAUGGCGGAUCUAACUCGACUCGAUAAAGACAGUAUCUUCAAGAACCCAUCUUACAAUCCUGUGCUCCUGAAUCCAUCCCAAUCCCGUGCCACUAAUAGUGUACCCCGUCACAGACGAGCAACAAGCCCCGUUCGGCUCAGUCAUCUCAGUCCGGAUGCUAUGCAGCCUUCACCACCUGCAAAAUCUACCCCGACUUUACAAGACCAGUUUGAGCAACUCAAAGCCUGCAGAUAUCUCCGUGUACCUUCUGAAGACAGUGACUAAGAAACAUUUCUGUGUAAGCGUAAAACAAUAAGAACAGCAGACACUAAACCAGGAACAAAGUAAAGUGGCGAAAACAAACAAAAUGGGUGGUUUGUUCCAUUAAAAGAUUUCCAAAGAUAAGUGCCUCUACGUAUCUUGAUACCUUUACUGGUCUGAUCAAUCUGCAGGGACGGUGAGUCAAAUGAAAGUGACCUUGAUUAAUGAUUUUUUUCUUAAAAAGUAAUCAAAUUUAAUACACGAAUGAAGUAUAUCUCCCUAGAGUAUGUUCUUCCACUCUUCUGAAAAAAAAAGAAAAUUACUGAAAUUUGUCCAUGCCAGCAGAAGUAAUGCAUGUUUUACUCAAAGAACCUAUUUUUAAAGCUGUCCGUGGAUCUAGGAAUGCCAUUGGAAGCUACUGAGCCGAGUGAGAAUUACAGAUUACACACAGGCAUUCAAAUAUAAAUGAGAUUUUAAAUAUUUGAGUCAAGACUGAGACAUUAAUUUUUACUAUGUUCGAUUUUGUGUUUCGAAUAUGAGAACAAGUCUACUCGAUCUUUCUUUCUGAAAUACUGAUGGCCAUUGUUUGUCUGUUUUCCUUUGCAAGUUUUCGUUCAUUCAUGGAGGUGGGAAAACGUUUAAGUUUCAUUGUACUUAAUGGGUUAUUCAUCAGUUCCUAUCACGGGAUAUAAUCAGUGGUGGACAGCUGAAUCUUGUGAUCUUUUUAACUUGAGAAUAGAGUAUGCAAACUAAGUGAAACUUUACAGUUACUAUAUAACACGUACUUUAUCUCUAUGUUAUUUUUUUUAAUAUUUGUUUCUAAUUCGGUCACUUUCUUGUUGACUCACCCUAGAGCACUUACGUAGUUGCGUAUGAAUAAUGAAUUCCGACAAAGUUGCAUUUGAAUAAUUCUAAACUUUUUUUUCUAAACAAAAACUUGUAAAAUAAAUGCUACCAUGGAAAAUGUCAAAUCUUUAUAAACACAUUUACAUGUACAUUCACACUUAUCUUGUUAGUGUUUAAUUCGCGACUGACAGUUGGUAUACAAUUUUUGAGAAGUUUUUCGCAAUGCCAUGUUUAUUUUUCCCCGAACAAACUUAUGCAUAAUUAUGAAUCACAUACAAGUAAUUAGCUCUGCAGCAGACAAUAUUUGUAUAGUGAGAAGUAGAAUGUUUUGAAAUUAAAGUCUUAUGUCGCUUUUUCCUUUUGGAACUAUGAUAGUUGGACUUUUCCCCCUAAAAUUGCUGGGGCCUACAUAGCUUAGGUAUUAAUAGUCGACGAAAAGCGAUAACUUUAAUAGGGCAACAUCCAUUAUGCAGUACGGACUUACACAGCCUGACCUCAACCAUUAUCCAGUGCCACAAUGCCCACACGAUGGUUAUAAAUCAAUUGUUAGGCAAAGCAUUGUGCACUAAAUAUUAUUGUUAUGGCAACAGUUCAGGUACUACCUUUGAAAAUAGAGCUGUACAUUUGCUUUUACACUCAAAUUGAAGAUGCCAAAAACGAAUCUUGUAUUAUGACGUGUUAUACGCUCAACGCGUGCUAAUGAGUGUCAGGCAGGCAUUACAUGUGUUAGCUUUUGUCUUAAAUAAACCGACACGUACACGUUAUUGAUCAUUGUUCCCACACGUUAUAUUAUGUACAUAUAUCAAUGGUGUUAUAAGAUUGUUGUGUGGUGAGCGACAUGCCAUUUUCCCCCUUGUGUUAAAAAAAGUUGAAUUUAUCUUGCCAUUUGCACCCAUUCAACGA